AUGUCUGACAGGGAAGCUCUUAGUAUAUUUCUUCGAAGCCCGGUUUCGAUGUCGAUGGUGGACUACUUGGUGGUUACUACAGAAAGCGUAAUUCGACUUAAACAAGAAACAUAUUCAAUAAAAAACCUGGCAACUGUCCCUUUAAAGACGUUUAUCAAUUCAUUAAUCCUUCACUCGAACGUCCAGACUAACACACUAAUGUCCACAUUAUAUUUCUUAGUCAAGCUGAGAGGCGUCCUUCCUCCUAGUGCAACAGGUAUCCAUGCUAGCACCCAUCAUAGAAUAUUCUUAGGAUGUCUUAUUGUGGCUGCCAAGACCUUGAACGACAGUUCACCUUUGAAUCAUCAUUGGGCUUCCUAUACUGAUGGGUUGUUAUCGCUAGACGAUGUCAACACGUUAGAAAGAGAAUUGCUUGGGUAUUUUAACUGGGAUCUCCGAAUUCACACCAAUGAUCUCCUGAACAUUCUUGCUCCCUUUUUGAGUCCUAUCACAUACAGUUUGAGAGAGUCUAAAAAUGCACGGAUUACUAAGUUUGCGCCAUCUUUAACGGUGGACAAAUCCCCUUCACAAAACUCCGGACACUCCAAAACUGCUUACUGCUCCGUCAGCUCCAUCCCGUCUCUGAUUUCUUCCACCUCUACCAAUUCAGUUGUAACUUAUACAUCUACUACUGAGGGGGGAGACUUUUGUCAUGAAUUAAAUCUUAGACCACUUAAGUUAUCGGCCAGAAUGGCACUCACAAACUCCAAAAGUAUACUCUCUUCAACUCACGAAUCGGAGCUUCGACCGAAAUGUGAACACUUAAUAUCUAGAGAACUGGCUACGUGA